GCCACACCUGAGAGAGCUUAAAGCUUGGCCUGCAGCAGCCAGAGACCACAACAUCUUCCCUGUGAGCAGCAUCACCAUGAAGCCCAGGAAUAGCAGCUGCCUCCACCUCCUCCUCCUUGUCUCCCUGGUGGGGCUUCUCACAGCCUCAGCUCAGCUGAUAGACACACCUGGGCAGAACGUUACAGUUGCUGCAGAGAAAGCCGGCACAUGCCCCAAUGCAACAAUGGUCACGGCCCGUGGAAACUGCACAGAAGAGUGCCAGUCUGAUGCCAGCUGUGCGGGGACAGAGAAAUGCUGUUGGACGGGCUGCAGGGCCUCUUGCCAUCUCCCAAACGAUAAACCUGGGUUCUGCCCUCCAAAUCCGCCUAUCAUAUCACUGCUGGGCUUCUGCAGGGAUCAGUGCAGGGAGGACUCCGAUUGUCCGAGCAACAGGAAGUGCUGCAUGAGUGGCUGCAAGAAAUGGAACUGCGUCCUUCCCAGAGAGCAAGAUCCAGCAGCCGAGAACCCAUGGGACACCUGAGGCGGGGGACCCUCCACAGACCCCGACCCCCGGGCCAUGACAACCACUGGCCUCCCU